AUGGGCUUAGCCAAGAAUGUUCCAGUCACUCUGGUGCUGCCUUUACUACACAACAAGCUUCUGGCUCGAGUGGCGGACCCGAGUUCACCCAGUGCCGGCAUUAUGCGCACUCCCAUCCAGAGCUCUCCACAGCCAAACCUAGCACCUCUAGCAUCAGGAGAACAGCUGGAGGAUCCUAACCAGGCCCAGGACUCAGAUCCCCGCUCUCCUACCCUUGGCAUUGCACGGGCACCUAUGAAGAUCAGCAGCGGAGAGCUCACAACCCUACUGGUGAAAGAGCUGAGUGAAGAAUUUGAGGCAGAAGCCCCCAAAUCAAAUCUUCCCCCAGAGCCUGUUCUAGAGAUACCUUCAUCUUCUGACGUGGACUUGCCUCUGGGCACCCAGUGUUCCCUUGAGGACCAGAUGCCUCAUGGGAGCCAGACUGAGCUCCCCUCCAAGCAGCUGUUUUCUGAGGAAGAAAACAGCCCAUGA